AUGUACGACUUGUCGGCACUGGACGGGUUCACGUACCGAACCCUCCUGGAGGUCACCGCUUCGGAAGAUGUUUGUGCGCUGUGGUGUCAUCAAGUUGGCCUCCUGGAGGACAAAGAACGGUUGGCGCUGGCGAUGCCAGAAGAAGCCCCACACCGAUCGGUCGAAAAGAGCAUCCGCGCUGGCUCGUUCUUUGCGAAGUCGAAGUUACCACUAAAGACCCUCUUACGUCUGUUAUGGGCUUCGCACAAGCCAGCCAAGACUGUCAUGGAUGAGGAAGGAGUGUCGACGGACACCGCGUGCAAUUGGUACAACUAUUGCCGAGAAAUUUGCUCGGCUGAAAUGCUUGCAAGCGAAAUGAAGCUAGACGACAAGUUCAAAAAAUUCGGCAGUACCAUUUCUACUGAUUACACCCUGCGCCGCAUUCCCCCGCUCCAUCUCAACACCCAUCUCGACUUCGACAACGACGGUCCAGCGGCCUACCAACUUCUGCUGUCCAUCACCCAUGUGCAUAUCGGCUUAACCACGCCAACAUCGUCCAUGUCACGUCACCCCCAUUUCAGUACAACUGCUGUCACCACCUCCCCCAAACCCAACACUUCGCACGAUUGUGUUGGCAUCCCCCCCGAUGCAACGCAGGUCCUCUGGGCGCCAUUUGUGGGCACGGUCCUCGCGCCCGACUACAUGCGACCCCUAACAAACUCCCAUCCGCUGUCAAAUCUCACAUCCUCACUCACCUCCAUGGCCUCAAACCCGAAUUUGACCACAUCGCCUGAAGCACUGGUCCAUGGCGUCAAUCACAACCUCGUCGUCAAAAUCCCCCACGCAAUCAUGGCUCAGCACGUGACAACCUGGCCACAUUACUUCGCCAACUACGGGAAGGUCAGGAUUCGCGGGCGUACAUCUUCCCCGCUCGGUCUCGUGCCAAAGAAGAGCAUCCCUCUUCACCGUGCGGUCGUGUCAUCCAUGACCUUUCUUUCCCCACCGUUGACUCCGUUAACGCGCUUACUGGCAGAACGCAUCGAGACCCUUCGUGCUUCCCUUCCGCCCAAUGCUACUAUAAAGGGAAUGAUGGGCGACGUGGCCUCCGCAUACCGCCACCUUAGUGCAUCGUGCCCCGAUGCGUCCUGGUUCGGCCUCACCGUUCCUGAGGCCGGAGUCAUUGGCAUUGACAUGUCCGCGCCUUUCGGCUGGUGCGGCAGCCCCAACGUCUACUGCGCUUUCAGUAACGGGAUAUCGUGGUUAGUGGCCCACGAAUCACCCGCAACAAUUCACCCAACAAGUGCCGCGGACAAACGCACCUUUUGGGGUUUCAAUUAUAUCGACGACCACAUCCUUAUCGAGCACGACACCGCCGACCGACUUGACUGCGCUGACAUCGCCCUGCGCCUAGCCAUGAUGGCCACCCUUGGGCCGGACAGUCUCAACCUCAACAAAUUCACCCAGUGGUCUACAGACCUCCACGCACUGGGUCUCAACUGGGACCUAUCACUUGGCAUCGUCUCCAUGCCACAAGACAAAAUCAGCAAAGCAAUGUCAAGAGUUGACUCGAUGUUAGCCCAAAUCAAAACCUCACGACACGAGCUCGAGAAAGUCCUCGGUAGCCUUCGGCAUGUGUGCUCGUGCAUCCGCCCAGCACGCGCGUUCUACCAAAACCUCCACACAAUACUAAGGCGACUACCUCGGUUUGGGACCCACGUCUUACCAGUCGCGGCUCUCGACGACUUGCGCUGGUUCGUAACAAUUCUUCGUGUCGGUCGCCUCGCGGGCGUGUCAACCUCCAUCUUCGCCAAAAUCUCCACGCCACAGUUCAUCCUUGAAAUGGAUGCCAGCGAUGAGGGCCUUGCCAUGCUCUUUCCCGCGCGAUGCCUCUUCAUUCAGCUGAACUGGGACGCCAGCGAACUCAGUCUGAUCGAACAAUGCAAUGUGAAAACAGGUGCCAACAUUCCAGCCAAUCAUACACCCUCAUCAGUAAACCGAGCCAAUCAAUCGCUAUUCUCUAUCAACGUUCGUGAGCAUAUCUGUGUGGCACUCGCAAUUGCCGUCUGGGGCCCAAUCCUAGCCGACCCAACUGGUCGUCGCACUAUUCACGUCCAAGCCCUGAGCGACAACACAAGCGCACUAGCAUGGUCAUCGUCACUCGCCAGCGCGAACGCCUACGCUCAGGCGCUCAAUCGCUCCCUCGGAUCGCACCAAGCCCAACACAACCUACACGUGACGUCGGCACACAUCCCAGGGGCCCUCAACUCUCAUCCCGACGCAGGCUCGCGCAUGCGUCGCGAGCCCUACACAACGAUUUGA